GGCAGCUCGCUCGCACCCCUCCCGUCUGCUCUGUCGACAGCAGAUCCUCCUCCAGCCUCUUUAAACUGCUCACACCGCCACACAAACGACAUUUUGGGGGUUCGGUCUCAAGCUGUCCGUCCUCACGCCCCUCGUAUCUCUCUGUGUUUUUAGGAGGAUAUUUUUUUUCUGUUGGAGCGUUUGGAAGCGAAACCGAGCACAGACGGAGCUGUGUUUUAGGCUACUUCAGUGGGCGGAUAAAGCGGAGGAGGGCAUCCGGGCCUGGCUGUUCCGGAGAGUCGGCUUGAAACGACGGUAUUCACCAUUUUCAGGCCGCGCGCUGCCCUGCUAUGGAGAAGAUGAAGAGGAUUAAGAAGCGCCUGUCAUUAACACUCCGCUCCAGUCAGACCAUCGACGAGUCUCUGUCUGAACUGGCCGAGCAGAUGACCAUCGAGGACGGCGGCACCAAGGACAACGAGCCCUUCAUGAGGAACGGCCGCCCCCCCACCUCCCACAGCAUGCACUCCUUCCUGCACCAGUACACCGGCCCCUUCAAGAAGCCUCCCCUCCGCCGGCCGCACAGCGUCAUUGGCGGCAGCCUCGGGUCCUUCAUGGCAAUGCCACGCAACGGCAGUCGUCUUGAUAUUGUACAUGAGAACCUGAAGAUGGGCUCAGACGGGGAGAGCGACCAAGCAUCGGGAACGUCCUCAGACGAGGUGCAAUCCCCAACUGGUGUCUGCCUGCGGAACCGCGUCCACCGACGGAUCUCCAUGGAGGACCUCAACAAGCGCUUGUCGCUGCCUGCAGACAUCCGAAUUCCCGACGGUUACCUGGAGAAGCUGCAGCUCAGCAGCCCGCCCUUCGACCAGCCGCUCAGCCGCCGCUCCCGCAGAGCCUCGCUGUCGGAGAUUGGUUUUGGCAAGUUGGAGACAUACAUUAAGCUGGACAAAUUGGGAGAGGGAACCUACGCCACAGUAUUUAAAGGACGCAGUAAGCUGACGGACAACCUGGUGGCACUGAAGGAGAUCCGGCUGGAGCAUGAGGAGGGAGCGCCAUGCACUGCCAUCAGAGAAGUGUCGUUACUGAAGGACCUCAAACACGCCAACAUCGUGACACUUCACGACAUCGUCCACACUGACAAGAGCCUCACACUCGUAUUCGAGUACCUGGAUAAGGACCUGAAGCAGUACAUGGAUGACUGUGGAAACAUAAUGAGCAUGCACAAUGUGAAGAUCUUCCUGUUCCAGAUUUUGCGAGGGCUGUCGUAUUGUCACAAGAGGAAAGUUCUCCACAGGGACCUGAAGCCCCAGAACCUCCUUAUCAACGAGAGAGGAGAACUCAAACUAGCUGAUUUCGGUCUAGCGAGGGCCAAGUCUGUGCCGACAAAAACCUACUCCAACGAGGUGGUGACUCUCUGGUACCGGCCCCCUGAUGUUCUACUGGGAUCCUCUGAGUAUUCAACACAGAUCGACAUGUGGGGUGUUGGGUGUAUUUUCUAUGAGAUGGCUGCAGGUCGGCCGCUGUUUCCCGGCUCCACCGUGGAGGACGAGCUCCACCUCAUCUUCAGGUUACUCGGCACGCCCACAGAGGAGAACUGGCCGGGAAUCUCCUCCAUUGAUGAGUUUAAAUCCUACAACUUCCCUAAAUACAAACCACAGCCGUUAAUCAACCACGCUCCCAGGCUGGAUGGCGAAGGCAUCGAGCUGCUGCUGGCUUUCCUCAGAUAUGAAUCAAAGAAGAGGACUUCAGCUGAAGAGGCGAUGAAACAUCCCCACUUCAGGCAGCUCGGGAUGAGAGUUCACACACUGCCUGAGAGUGUAUCAAUAUUCACAUUAAAAGAAGUGCAGCUGCAGAGGGACCCUGGCUACAGGAACUCCUCGUACCCAGACACAGGUAACGGCAAGAUCAACAGGAGGCAGAGCAUGCUCUUCUAAUGUCUGAUGAAGAGGAUGGAGGACUGCCCAACUUCAUCAUCACUUCCCACUAACCUCUCGCAUGAGCCCACCUCCCCUCGGAGUGACCCUCUCUCCCUAGUACCUGCACACACACACAUAAACACGCACACACACCCUUCUGAGCGAGUGACUCUGGGUUGAAUCUAUUUGGAGACUGUGUUUAUUUAUUGGGGGGGGUGAGGUUGAAUUUUUUGCUGCUAAACUACUACUGUCUGUAUUUAACACACCGUGUGUGUGUGUGCGUGUGCAUGUGUGUGUACAUGAUGUGAACUCGACGCCAUGCACAGUUGAGCAGUCAGAAAGGUUACUGUUGUUUUUCUUCUGACUACGAUUCUCCGGCUUCGUUUGAGUUAGAAUUCCACUGAUGUUGAUGUCGACGCUGUGAUCCAAGUUGUUGUUCUUGUUGUCGUGCUUGGAGACCGAACGCUUCAGUUUCUUCAGAUUUUUUUUUUUUUUAUAAAUAUGUAUAUCUAUAUAUAUUUGGAGUUAAUGUUUUGUUUUUCUUCGAGCUUCCGUGACUGAACUCUACAACAUUUCCAGGUUUAGAAAGACUCAAGAUGAUCUUGGUGGAGGAAAAAAAAAAAGUUCUUCUGGAUUCCUCUUUAUGAAUUUUCCAAAACAUUUUUGUCACUUCCUCUUCUAGAGGCCCUGCUGCCUCAGGAGUUACACUGAUGGUCAAAAAGCAGGACUGUGAGCAGAUUGUGGUAACAGUUUUAAGACGAGGGUUAAAGAAGCACACGUAGAGUCCGAUCAGAUUGGGAGAACAUGAAACCAACUUUCAGUUCUUUUGUUCCUUUUGACCAUUUUGGCUCAGCAACGGGACCAAACUGAGGUGGAGGGGAGGCAAACAGUUGGGAAGACAAGCGAAAAGCACGGAUGAAAGAGGAGGAAUACCGGAGCUGAAUAGGAAGUCACGUGACGUCCCACAGGAAGCCAGCAAGCCUUCCCUAAAACCCCUCACAAAACUGCCAGGAAUGGAGUGCUUUUUUAAAAAAACAAAUGCAAGCUACACUUUCUCGCUCUGUGUGCAUUCAGAGAUCUCACUGCAGUCAGUCUUUGUUUUUUACUUGCACUUCAGCGUGUGUUUUUUUGUUUGUUUUUUUAAAUCAGGGACCCGUGCCUUGACACGGCCGAGUUUACCCAACAGUAUUAAGAUGUGUUCUCUGUGUCUGUGACCUUUGACCUCUCCUUGUGAAACAACAGUGUCAU